GAUGAACCCCUUAACACCUACCUUAACUUGGGCGAAUGCAAAGAGCUCGAGGAAUACUCCCUGAAAUGCAUCAAGGACGGCUGCUCCUUCAAGGCUGUGGCUAAGAAUGGUGAAAUAAUUGGUGUCUUCCUUAAUGCCCUUAUGCACCGUCCUGCCCCUGAUGCGGUACCCGAGGCCUCUGCAGAUACCUGUGAACAUCCUAAAUUUAAGAAAAUUCUCCAACUGAUGGAUUUCAUUGAGGGUGAUUUCAAUGUUUUCGAUUUGUAUCCCGGCACCAAUACCAUUUUGGAUGGUAAGAUUCUGUCGGUAAAUACCAAUUAUCGUGGUCUGGGUAUUGCUGGCCGUCUUACCGAACGAACAUUGGAUUAUAUGCGUGAACAUAAUAUCCCUGUGAUGCAUGUCUUGUGUUCUAGUCACUACUCGGCUAGAGUUAUGGAAAAAUUGGGUUUCCAUGAGGUGUAUCGCCUAAAUUAUUCCGACUAUAAGGUCAAUAAUGAGGUUGUAUUGAAACCAGAACCACCUCAUGUUGCUGCCAGGAUUUUGGUCAAGGAGAUUGCGGAUGUGGUGAAAACAAAACUAUAA